CUGCCUGCGCGUGUGGAUCGGCGUGGUGGCGGCUGAGACAGUCUCAACUCCUGGGCUUGGCGGCCGGAGAGGGGGGAUGGCGGCGGAGGUGUUGCCGAGUGCGAAGUGGCUUUACUGUGGGCAGCCCGACGAGAGCCAGAGAGCUGUACUGGUUCAGUUUUCCAAUGGGAAGCUGCAGAAUCCAGGUAACAUGCGUUUUACCUUGUACAAGAGCAACGACUCCACAAAUCCCAGGAAGAGGAGUCAGCGGAUCCUGGCAGCUGAAACAGACAGACUUUCCUACGUGGGAAACAAUUUUGGGACUGGAGCCCUCAAAUGCAACACUCUGUGCAGACACUUUGUGGGAAUUUUGAACAAGACCUCUGGCCAAAUGGAAGUAUAUGAUGCUGAAUUAUUCAACAUGCAGCCACUGUUUUCAGAUGAAUCAAUUGAGAGUGAAUUGACAUUAGAGAAUGAGAGCAAAACUUUUAGAGAUAAGAUGGACUCUUGCAUUGAAGCCUUUGGUACCACCAAACAGAAGCGGGCUCUGAACUCCAGGAGAAUGAACAGAGUUGGCAAUGAAUCUUUGAGUCGUGCAGUAGCUAAAGCCGCAGAGAGUAUUAUUGAUACAAAGGGUGUGACUGCUCUGGUCAAUGACGCCCUCCACGAUAAUUUGCAAGGCGACUCCCUCUACCUUCCCCCCUGCCACGUGGACGCAGCCAAGCCCGAAGACGUGUAUAAAUUUGAAGACCUUCUUUCCCCUGCGGAGUAUGAAGCUCUUCAGAGUCCAUCUGAAGCUUUCAGGAAUGUCACAUCAGAAGAAAUACUGAAGAUGAUCGAAGAUAACAGCCACUGCUCCUUUGUCAUAGAAGCAUUGAAAUCUUUGCCAUCAAAUGAGGAGAGCCGAGACCACCAGGCCCGAUGCAUAUGGUUUCUGGACACACUCAUCAAGUUUCGAGCACAGAAAGUGAUUAAGAAGAAAAGUGCCCUGGGACCUGCAGUUCCACACAUCAUCAACACCAAACUGCUGAAGCACUUUACCUGCUUGACCUACAACAAUGGCAGUUUACGCAACUUAAUUUCCGAUUCUAUGAAGGCGAAGAUCAUCGCGUAUGUGAUUAUACUUGCCUUGCACAUAAACGACUUCCAGAUUGACCUGACAGUGUUACAGAGGGACCUGAAGCUCAGUGAGAAAAGGAUGAUCGAGAUAGCAAAAGCCAUGAGGCUGAAGAUCUCCAAAAGAAAAGUGUCUCUGGCAGACGGCAGGGAGGAGGAACACAAACUGGGUACUCUGUGCAUCCCACUGCCUCCAGCCCAGUCCGUGGACCGCCAGUCAAAGCGGAGGAAAAUCACAUAGAGAUGUGCUCUCCACACAGCAGUUUGGCCACAUCAUAUAGCCACUACCUCUGUUCAUUUCCAUUUUCAUUUUUAAAAAGAGGAAACAGCAGCCUUGCUUUGGCAUGGGUAUGACGCCACAAGCCAGCAUCUCAGUCGUGCUUGUCUUAAGUAAAAACAUAAAGCGACCACCAUUUUGGACUUCGCUCCAACCUUUGGUGUGAUUAUAACUGGCAGGUGGUUCUCGUGUUGGUAUGUGGGAGGUGGGGCCUGGGAAGCCAGAGCCAGAUCUCACAGGCUGGACCCUGGGCCAAAUCUAAUGGAUAAAGUUUAAUAAAGAGCAAUGUGAAGUGCCCUGCU